AUCGAACGCUUACGAUUCGAGUGUGAAUUUUGAAAAGUGUUGUUAUAUUUAUGAAGUUAUAAAAUCCAUGGUUUUAUUAUUUAAACAACAAUUCUUUUAGGUUAUGGCUUUACAGGAUGAAAAGAAUAAUGCAACAGAUUCAGAGUACGUUAUAUCCCGAGCUAAACAUUUCUUAAAAACCGAUACAGCAUGUGCGAAAGUAUGGAUUGUUACAGCAAGAACGCUCUUUCCGGAUAAUUUUGUUGUUCAGUUUGAGGCUUAUAACCUGGAGAAGAGCAUACAGAACCCAGAAGAAGCAGCUAAAUGUUUCAGCGAGGUUUUCGAGAAGUUCCCCAACAGACCAGAGCUGUGGGAGGAAGUGGACGCUCUGACCGCUGCCCUUCGCUCCGGCAGCUUCGAACCCAACUGCAACUUCCUGCGCGACAUGUUUGGGUUCCUUCUGCCAGAGGUGCAGCAGAAGCUGCUGGUGGUGACGGCGGACCGCAGCGAGGAUGCCAUGGAGCACUGCCGCCUGCUGCUCCUGCUGCUGCAGCGCUUCCCGCAGACCGUCGCCACCCACGGGCCCAAGUUGCUGGAAACACUCCUCACAGCAGAGAAGCACAGCCAUCAUAAGAAUUCCAUCAACUGCUACCGCAAACUCCUGGUGUGCGACCUGCUGCCGCUGCUGGGGUCGUCCUCCGUCGUCCUGCCCGCCAAGCAGCUGUUCCGGCUUCUCAACAAGGCCGUGGAGUUCCUGCUGUGCUACGUCAUGUCGCCCAACAAGGUCAUCCAGGACCUCCCGGAGCUGGAGAGCAGGAUCGAGGACCCCUGGGCACACUUGUUCCUCAUCGUGCACAGCGUGGGGCGCAAGCUGGGCUGGGAGACGAGCGCCAUGUUCUCGCAGCCCUGGAACAAAGAGCUGUACUGGCAGAAGAUACAGAAGGUGAAGGCCAAGGUGCUGGCGGCAGCGGAGGAGCUCCGCAGCUUCAAGGAGAUCAUGUACUCUGCCACCGUGUUCUUCCUGCGCUGCCUGCACGAGUACCGCACCAGCGUGGACUCCGGGGCCGGUGGGGACCCGCCCCUGGUGCUGGUGGAGGCGUUCGUGAGCAAGGAGGCGGCGGCGGACAGCUGCAAGGCCAAGCGGCGCCGAGCGGAGCAGGACGACGGCACCGCGCCGCUCCUCACCGUGGGCUCGCCCGGCGCCGCGGGCGUCGCCACCAACUUCCUGGUGGCGCUGGGCUGCUGGGACCUGCUGCACGGCCCGCCCGCGCUCGAGAAGGAGUUCGCCAAGCUGAGCCAGCACCUGCGGCUGGACCUGUGUCUGGGGGACUUCCUGCUGGACGCCAUGCUGUACAAGCAGGUGUCGGAGGAGGCCCUCUUCAUGCUGCAGUCGCCCGCCCGGACGCCGGCCGCCGAGCUGCGCCGGAACCUGCGCCUCGCCAGCGUCUACUGCUUCAAGGGCGACAGCAGGACGAGUCUGGAGUACGUGCUGCAGGUGGUGGGCGCGCUGCCCGCCCCCUCCGCGGCCCAGGGGGGCCCGGGUCCCGGCGGCGGGGCAGCCCUGCUCCGGGUCACGUCCCGGGACAGGCACCUGCACUACCUGCCCCUCGCCCGGGCGCACGUGCUGCAGUACUGCGUCAAGUCCCUGCUCAUCUGCCUCGAGAGGCACGUGUUCGCGAGGCCGGGGGUGGGGGCGGACCUGGCCCUGGGGCACGCCGUCACGCUGAGCCAGUACGACUGGCCCGCGGAGGAGGCCCUGGCGGCGCGGCUGCUCAGGCGCAUCCAGGAGAACGGCAGCUUCUGCUACAAGCUGUUCCGCGCCUACGUCGUCCGGCCCGACAUCCUGGAGGAGUUCAUGUUCCUGUCGACAGAGCAGGGGGGAGCCCUGCCCCUCGGCAUCCUGUCCUCCUCCCAGCACUCCGGGCAGCGCCGCAUCUCGACGCGGGGAGCCGACAAGGGGGUGAAGGAGGACUUCAAGCUGGCCAUGAAGCAGCAGGUGGCUCGGUGCCGGGAGCCCGUGGACGACCUGGUGGUCAAGUUCCUGGUGAGCGAGCGGGCGUCCGUACUGCAGAGCCUCGCGUGCAGCCCGCCCGAGUGACCGUCACAUGAAUACUGCUGUCGCAUUUUGUGUUUCACUGUUCUACUACAUUUUUGCCACCAAUUUGGGGAAUUUAAAAUGCCACAUGUCAUUACAUUUUUAACUGCUGUUAUUUACCACUUGGUAAACAUCGAACGAGAAAGAUUGUGAAAGAACAUAAAAUGUAAUGGAGCCAUUAAGAUAAAAUUUACCGGAAUAGCCCUUAAACCAAAAUAAUGUCAUCAGAAUGAAACGGCUGACAUGGCGUGUGAGUGAGCCUUAAGGAACUGAAAUGUAGAUGUACACGUCGGAAAACUGUAAUGUUUUUUUGAUAAGAAUAUGAAUUAAAUUAUUUUUUUAUA